AUGGAACUGACAUUAUUAUUCCUUGUGAUAGCAUUGUUGAUGAUAUCUCUAUCCACUUCAAGUUCCAUCUCGGAUAACGUGUUCGAAUAUCAGACCUCGGUUAGUGGAAGGAAUCUCCUUCAUGCCAAGAAAAAAUGUGAAGUUAACUUUGAGUAUAUGGACUACAAGGCCUUGACAAGGCGGUGCAAAGGUCCACCGUUUCCAGCCAAAGAAUGUUGCUCGGCGUUUAAAGAGUUUGCAUGUCCUUACGCGAGUGAGGUCAAUGACAUGAAUAGUGAUUGUGCACAGACAAUGUUCAGCUACAUGAAUAUUUACGGCAACUACCCUACUGGUCUUUUUGCUAACGAGUGCAGAGAAAGGAGGGACGGGCUUGUUUGCCCUAUACCACCUCUCUAUUCACCAAACCUAAACGCCUCAACCGCUGAUUCGACCCCUCUUCGUCUCAUCACGCUGUUGAUCUCUGCUGUUUUCGCUUUCUUAGUGCUGACUUGAUCAAUCAAAGAAAAGUGAAAGCUAACCAGCGAUUGCACGUUGAUACCAU